AUGGCCUCCUCUUCCCUCGCGGCACAGUUGUCGCAGAUUGCGGCCAAAUCCACGAACCAGUUGAAUUUGCGGGCGCAGAGGAUCCUACAUUCGCAGUCGUUGAUUUUCGACAGGCAAGUGGCCGGAUCUCAGGAUUUUCAGACCAUCUAUGAAAUUUGCUACGAAGGGUUCCAAGAACUAUGUCAGUUGGACCCGCGGUUUGCGCAGUUCGAGCGCACCAUCUUCAGCGAACAGAGCCAGGCCGAAGAACGAACGGAGAUGACGGCGGCUCAGAACAAAGAACUGGAUACGGUUCUGGAGGCUUUUCUGGCUCUUGUGGGAGGGAGACUGCUGUUGAGUCCCGCUGUCAAAGCAGUUGACUGGCUGAUCCGGCGCUUUCGGAUCCAUGAGUACAAUACCGCGUUCACCAUCCUCACCUUCCUACCGUACUAUACGACUCCUCUCUUUUUGAACCUCCUGGCCAUCCUCCCGGAGGAUCUGACCCCGGCGUUCAAAAUCCUCAACCCGUACAAGAAAGGCCUCGUCAACCCUCCCCGUCACCCUCUGGUCCAUAGUGCGACAACCAACAAGCUAUUCCUGGCUGCGAUCAAUAACUAUACCCUCCAGGUGGGCCGACAACGGGCAGGCCACCAUGCACUUCUGUCCUUCUGGGCGGGAAUCAUGACCGAAGCCGUUGCGGGAAUGUUGGAUGCAGCCCGCUCCGGUAGACGGGCGGUCGAGAAACAACAACACGACGAUAUCAUACUCCGGGUGCUUCCGGUGCUGAAUGACGGGUUGGCCUUGAAGGAAGUCUCGGAACUGGUGAUCGGCUGCUACAUGGUCUGCGUGAUUCUUGCACAGAAGGCCGCGUUGCAGGAUAAGGUCCUCGAUGGUCUGAUGGAGGCAGUUGCAGGUUCCUGGACCGAAGAGACGGUGAGCUCGGCCCUAAUUUGCUUGUCCGUCCUAGCACAGCAGAAGCCCGACGCAACGAUACCCAAGCACGUCUUCAAGGCGAUCCUUCGACUUGACAACCCCAUUCAGCUGCUGUCGGAAACAUCGGCACAGUACAAGACGACUCACCUGUUCCUUGGGCUUGUGGCUGGCUGCGUCGAAGAUCUUCACCAGCAGAAGGAUUUGACUCGCCUGGAAUUUUUGUCGCUUAUGUUUGAGAGCCAGCUGUUCAAAGAGGACGAAAUUGGCAAGGCAAUGGCGCUGGUGUUGACGGCUUCCAGCAAUGCCCACAAGGACGGCGUGAUCUCGUUGGACGUUCAGACCCAUCUGGCGGAUUUGGUCCAGCAUUUCAGCCGUUUAGAGUCCCUCCGGCCCAUCUUCCAGAAGACCAUUGCCGAAUCAUCUCUUGAUACUACCGCCCUGGAACACAAUCUGCAGACCGUCCUUGAAUCGGCACCGUCGCCCAAGGCCGUGGAGGAUGUGGAGAUGGAGAAUGCAAAGGAGGAAACCGGUCCAGAUGCUUUCCAUUCGGCUCUUGAACCCCUGGCAGGGGAGAUCUUGUUCAAGUCCUCGUUCCUUGGUGCCCAAUCUAUCACAGUGUUCGACCGUCUUGUCCAGGCCUUUGCACUUGGGGUUGGAUCCCAGGAGAAGCUUGAUUCUUUCUCCGAUUUGGUGGUCCUUGGAAAAGCUGAAGCCACCAAAGCACCCCAGUAUCUGUCAUUCUUUGUCCGAGUCUUCUCCGGCCCGUAUCCCAUCGGCACCAGGGCGACAGCAUUGAGCAUGGUCACUGCGCUACUCAACUCCGCCUCGUCAAAGGACAUUGAUUUCCAGGCCCUGUUGCCCUUCCUAUUCAUUGCACUUGCCGAUCAAUCAGAGAGAAUCCGUCGCGAGGCCGCCGGGGGCUUAGCUGUUCUCGGUGGAUUAUACAAGAAGAGCAAAAAGGUGGAGAGCCAAGUAACAUGGGCUCGGGACACACUCUACGGACAAGGAAAGCAGUCAAAGGACAUCUACUGGCUGCCUAGCCGGGAGGCGCACAAGAUCCUGGAGCGCGCAUUCCUCCCAGGGUUGGAAGAAUGCAUUCUAGAUCCAGCGCAUAUUGGCCGUGUUCUCGAGGCGACAUUGCGGGGCGGCCCCGGGCCUGAUUCGGGAGCCUCCGAGAUCAAGAAGUCCAUGCGACUGAGUCUUUUCACUUUCCUUUGCUCUCAUGCCGUUCAGCUGCCGCUGUUGGCACCGAAGCUUGAGUUGCUAAAACUGCUCAGCCGGAUCGACAAGGCGGGUGGCACUACUCGCACCAAGGAGCUCGAAUCGUUGUUGAAAUCGUGGCGCGAUCUGAGCGAGCCCCAAGCCAAGGAAGCUUGCGACAAGGAGCGGAUCUCCCUGUCGGAGAUGGAGGGCCAGGUGGUUGCUAUCGUCACGCCGAAGGAGAAGGAUGCCGUGACACUCCUUCUGUCUCACAUUAGCCCUUACUCCGAGUCCCUCAGCUCCUCCUUUGUUCAGGCUGUCUUAGGACGCAUGAGGGACAUUUGGGCCAAAGUCCCAGAGGAUCGGCAGGUUGCGGCCGCCCAGCAAAUGUUUGAAAUCUCUACGACGCAAUCAGAAUCACCCCUUGUCAGCGGUUGUAGGGAUGUGCUUCGCGGCGUCGAGCUCCCCGGGCCUGUGCUUCUCAAUUUCCUGCAGAAAAUUCCUGCCUCGGUCGUGGACAUGGAGUCUCUGGGACCCGCGCCGAAGAGGAGACGCACCAGCCAGAAUAACAUGGUUGCGAUGACUGUCAAAGAUGAAGCCAACCUGAGUAAGGUCAUGGAGAUGGUGACGUUUAUCCUGGAAUUGGUAGACAGUUCGACCCCGGAGACUCAUCCGGAGCUGGCCGAUGGCUUGUUCCAGACCUUGGCUGCUCUUCAUCAUCUGAAGUCGCAGAUCCAGUCUGGAAUGAGCUACCUUUUGAGCCUGGCCCUGGGCAGCCUUUUGGCUAUCGUCAACCGGUCCAAGGGCAACGCGAAGCCGUCGUUCGACACUUCCGUGAUCCGGGCCGAUCUGGUCGUGGAUUGCGUUCGCACCACGGACAGUCCUCAGGUGCAGAAUGUCGCCCUCCUUCUAGUAGCAGGGCUAUCCGUCAUUGCGCCGGAACUGGUGCUACAUAGCGUGAUGCCCAUCUUCACAUUCAUGGGAUCGAGCGUAUUGAGGAAAGACGACGAGUACUCGGUUUCCGUGAUCGAUCAGACUAUCGACCAAGUCGUGCCAGCUCUCAUCCAGUCAUUGCGUAACCAGAAGCGUGAUGUCGUGUCGGGCACAUCAGAGUUGCUGCUCAGCUUUACCGCUGCGUUUGAGCAUAUCCCGUCGCAUCGACGCCUGCGACUUUUCCAUGCUCUGAUUACCAAGCUUGGCACAACGGACUUCCUGUUCGCUGUUCUGGCCAUGCUCGCCAACCGGUACUCGAUGGAUAAGGAUGUGCUGAUCCUGAUGACUGGGCUGGUGUCCGAUGCGGACGCGCCGGUCGAGCUUAGCACAUACAACAAGUACCUCGACCUAGUCAUCGAUUCGUUCCAGUCGAAGCCCGGUGUCUCGCAGGUGCUCCUCGGCAUCGGAAGUGACGACGGGCGAGAGCCUCAAAAAGUGGCAGUGGAUCUGUUGCGAGCAUUGGCUUAUCUGCUGCGACACUCGUCGCUGAAGGUGAAGAUGGCCCAAGCCUUUGAAUCGGAGGCAAGCGAGGCACCAGGUCAAAUCCGCGAUCUGUUCUCCCGUAUCCUGGAACAGGUAUUGGGCAUUGGAGACUCCAUGCGGAACGUGAAGCCAGUCAACCAGGCCAGUGGCGAGGUUCUCAGCGCGCUGUUUGGCACGCUGUCGCUGGCUGAUUUCCUUGACACCAUCGAGGUCCUGCUUCAACGGCGCAAUGACGAACUUCGCCGAAAGGUGCUCCGGCUCCUGGAAGGCCGGCUGCGUCAGAACCCCGAACGGGACAGCACAUCGCAGAACCGGAUGCUGGACUUCCUGCCGACGCUGGUCGAGAUCGUGGAGUCGUCGCCCGACAUCCUUCUCAAGCACGCGGCGGUGGCCUGUAUCGAUCGCAUCGCCGACAAGUACGGCAAGAAGGACCCGUCCAAGGUCAUCCCCGCGGCUACCGUGGUGGCCAGUGAGACGUGCAUUGGUCAAGAUGACGACCGCAUCCGCAUCAUGGGUGUGCUCUGCUUAGCCUCGAUGGCCGAGGUUCUCGGACAGGCGAUGAUUCCAGCGUUACCCGGAGCACUCAGUCGAUCCCUGGCUCUGCUGGAGCUCAGCAUGCAGGAUGGCCAGGAGAACCCUCGACUGCAUGACGCCGUCUACUCCCUCCUCUCGGCAUUGUUCGUGCAUCUCCCUUACAUGCUGUCUGCGUCGCACCUGGACCAGAUCCUCCUCCUCUCGUUCCGAUCGGCAGCUUCCGCAGAGAACGAGGGCGACAACCGGCAGGAAGCGCUGCGAUUGAUGGCGCGAAAGAUCGACAUGGCCGCGACACUGGGGGCAGUGGAUCGCAACUGGCAGCAGGCCACGGCAGCAGGACCGGAGGCGACGAAGGAGGUUCUACAGAUGAUCGGACUCGCGAUCGAGAAACAUCCGAAGUCAGCGAUCGUGAAGAACCUGUCAGUUCUAACUACGUUGCUAUUCAAGACCUUCGACCUACGACGGGAGCAACUGUCCCUAGGAUCAAAGGCGACGUUCGACGUGUCGGACGUAGACGAGGUCGAGGACCGCAUCAACGAAGUGACGAUCAAGAUGAUCUACAAGCUGAACGACACAGCGUUCCGACCGAUCUUUGUCCGGAUGAUGGACUGGGCGCACACGGGGGUUUCGAAGAAAGAUACGCAGGGCAACGUGGCGCGACUGACGACGUUUUACAAGUUCCUGCAGGUAUUCUUUGGGACACUUCAAUCUAUUGUGACGGGCUAUGCUAGCUAUAUUAUGGAGAGUGUUGUUUCGGUUCUGAGCCGAGCCAGACCAUCAGAUCAACAUACGAAGACUCUUUGGUUGGCGACGAUGCGCAUGCUUCGCAACGCGUUCGAACAUGACCAAGAUGAAUUUUGGCAAUCCCCAUCCCACCUCAGCGCCAUCUCGCAACCGCUGAUCUCGCAGCUGGGCCACGCGACGAACUCCCACAGCGCCAAUCUGGUGAUGGGCGAGGCGGUGCCGACAAUCACGGAGCUGGCGGUGGCGGCCGACUCGACGGACAACCACAAGGAGAUCAACACGGCUCUGAUGCAGUUCCUGCGUGCGUCCGCCGACGAAGGAGACAGCGCUUUGACACGACUGGCGGCGUUGAAGGCGGAGCAGGCGCUGACGGAGCAGCUGGGGGAGGAGUGGUUGGCGCUGUUGCCGGAGAUGUUGCCGUAUAUCAGCGAGUUGAUGGAGGAUGAGGAUGAGAGGGUGGAACGGGAGGUGAGGAAAUGGGUGAAGCAGAUUGAGGGGGUAUUGGGGGAGAGAUUGGAUGAUAUGUUGACAUGA